AUGAACACAGCCAAGGCACCCAAGCCAUUCCAGUAUGAUCCACAGCUAAUGGGCCUAUUCACUCAUGUAUGGCCACACCAUCUCGAGAGCGACAUUGUCGAGACGUACUUUGGCAGCGGACGAACAGGAAACCUAAGCUACCUCAAGAGUAUCAUGGCCAAACCAGCAUACACCAUUCAGGAGAAGAACCACUUUCGGCGAGGAGGAGGAGAAGAGAAGGAACAGGAAGAGAAGGAGAUCAAGGGCAACAAUCACAAUAGCAAAGAGCAUUAG